AUGAAGAGUACUUACAGCAGCAAGGUGUUCCGUGUUACCUUCUUGACUUUGGCUGCAUCUCUAACUGUGCCCCUGCUUGGAGUAACUGUUCUACUGGAUUGUCCUAUAGACCCUCAGCCUAUAAGUUUGAAGGAACCUCCCCUCCUGACAGGUGUGCUAGAGCCCAAUAUCAAGUUACGAAAAGCUGAGCGGUUAUGGGAAAAUCAGCUGGUCGGACCAGAGUCCAUUGUCAAUAUUGGGGAUGUGCUCUUUACUGGGACAGCUGAUGGGAAGAUUAUAAAAAUAGAAGAUGGGGAAAUACAAACAGUAGCCAGAAUUGGCCAUGGUCCUUGUGGAACCCGUGAAGAUGAGCCAACGUGUGGAAGACCACUUGGCAUCAGAGUGGGGCCAAAUAACACCCUUUUUGUCGCAGAUGCUUAUUAUGGACUUUAUGAAGUUAAUCCUGGUACAGGUGAAACAAAAAUGCUUGUGUCAACUAAAACACUAAUUGAAGGUCAAAAGUUGUCAUUUGUGAAUGAUCUUACAGUGACCCGGGAUGGGAGGAAAAUCUACUUCACUGACUCCAGUAGCAAAUGGCAAAGACGAGACUAUUUAUUCUUGAUUAUGGAAGGCACAGAUGAUGGGCGCCUGCUUGAAUAUGACACAGUAACAAAAGAAGUGAAAGUCUUAAUGGUGGGGCUGAGGUUCCCCAAUGGUGUACAGCUCUCUCCGGCGGAAGACUUUGUCCUGGUGCAGGAGACAACCAUGGCUAGAAUCAGGAGGUAUUAUGUGUCUGGGCUGAUGAAAGGUGGAGCAGAUAUGUUUGUUGAGAAUAUGCCUGGUCUUCCAGAUAAUAUCAGGUUAAGCAGCUCUGGAGGAUAUUGGGUAGCUAUGUCAGCUGUCCGGCCCAAUCCUGGAUUUUCUUUGUUGGAUUUCUUGUCUGAAAAACCAUGGAUUAAAAGGAUGAUAUUUAAGUUGCUGAGUCAGGAAACCGUGACAAAGUUUGUGCCCAAAUAUAGCCUUGUUGUUGAACUUAGUGAGACAGGAUCCUACAGAAGAAGCUUUCAUGAUCCCAAUGGAGUGACGGUAGCUUAUGUUAGUGAGGCACAUGAGCACAAUGGAUAUCUUUACCUGGGCUCCUUCCGGUCUCCGUUUAUUUGCAGACUUAAUCUUCAGCAUGUUUAACUGUCCAUCCGUGAUAAAGUGCCACUGUCCUAUAAUACUCCAGAGGUACGAAGGAAGCAUGUGCUUGAGGCAGUCUGUGACCAAGGACAAAAAGUGAAAGUCUGUUAACGUGCAGUAGCACUGUUCUGUUGCCAUAGGAAAACACAUGGCUUGCUGUACCUGUCCUCUUCCUUGGUUUUACUGCUCUUGCUUUGGAGCUGGCAUACAUAAUUAUUAAAAUCUGAGGAGUAUGGUGGGGCAUCUUCAUACGGUUAUAUGCUCCUUAAAGAAAAUCCAUGCCCAGCCCUGUUUGGAGUCGUCUUAAACAGACAUCAUCUGUCACCUUUAAUGCAACUGUCUGUCUUCUUACACUGGAAGGAUUUGUGAUGUAUGGAAUUUAAUUGUGUAUGAUUUGGAUUGAAGAGGAUGUCUUGCAUGUGUUUUAUUUCUGUUUUAGAACCUCCUGUUUAGGAGUGAUUACAGUGCAUGUUCUAAUGUCAUACCAUG